AGGCAAACCCAGCUCUCCAUGCCAUCUCCUGUUCCUGUUCCCCUUAUUCUCCCCAAUCCACAGCUAGGUUGUGAGCCCUAGCUCCUCGCUGAUGUGAGCGUCGCCCGGAGAUUCCCGAUCCAGCUGCCGGUGCUCGACUCCGUCCCCCGGCCUUCCUCCUCUUCCCCUUUCGCACAAGGCGCUCAAGACUCGUCCGCGACUUUGCACGAUGGAGGCUGCGCGGUAUGGACCUUGGUCAGAUCUUCCGCCGGAACUCCUGGGCCUUGUCCUCAAGCGCCUCCCUUCGCUAGCUGACCGUGUUCGUCUGAGAGCAGUCUGUCACCCAUGGCGCUCUAAUGGUCUGCUGCAACAGCUUCCCAUCCCAUUCCCGUGGCUCACCCUUCCUGAUGGUACCUUCUUCAGCAUCCCAGGAGGCGAGGUUCACCGCAUGCCUAUACCAGAUGGUGCUAGAUGUUGUGGUGCCAUCGACAACUGGUUAUUCCUCAUGAGCAGUGAUGACACAUGCACGUUGAUGAACCCUUUCUCCAAGACCACGUUCGAGCUUCCUAAUCUGGUCGCAGUUUGGCGGCGUGAGGCGCAUUAUGAAUCUGAUCCUAAGCAACUUUUGUACAAGUUGGUCACACCCUCAGCCCUGGACAUAUCACCUGAUUCCCUCAUUGCGGCAUUGACCAAGGAUGGUGGCAAUGGUACACUUUGCAUUAGCCAGCCACCGAUUGCCACUUACAUGGUACAGGGCAAUAGGAAGCCAUUGCCGCACCUAUUUGAUGUUGCCUUCUUUGAUGGAAAGUUGUACGCGGUGUCUGUCUUUGGCAAGCUCUUCAGCCUUAAGUUUCGCAACAACCUUGGUAGUAAGCCGAAGAUCAAAUGCGUAAUUGAGUCUUUGGGUGACUGUCGUGGAGGACCAGAAUGCAUUCCCAGAGAGGAAGUGUGUACAUACAGGUUAUAUCUAGUUGAAUGUGGUGGUAGACUGUUGAUGGUUAGACGAUUUAUUCGUCACAUAGGCCCUCUCUCUAGGGAUUAUGUGUUUGAAAAUAUGCAGACUGGUGGGUUUGUUGUCCUCGAGGCAGACUUGGGCUCCAACCCUUGCCGAUGGAGAAGGAUCAGUGAGUUGGGUGCUCUCUUUAUUGGCCAGCAUGGCUCCAAGUCUAUGCCUGCUAGAGAAUGCAGCGGAUCUGAAGAAGAUUGCAUCUACUUCAUUUGUGACUAUCCCCAUCCAAAGUAUUUUUCGAGUCCAUUUCGCGACUGGUGUGUACAACAUGCGAAAUGAGAGGAUCACGCCAUUGAUGCCUCAGACAGCAGCACCGGCACAUCAUGCCGGCCAGUGGCGCCCGGCAUGGUUUUUCCCUGCUGAACCUGUGUGAUCAAUCUACCAGGGUUUACUCUACUGAAGCUUUAUGAACAGAGGGGUGUACAGAUUCUCAUAUGUAUGCCUAACUUGCUCUGCUGAAGCUUUGUGAUCAUGCCAGACUGGGCGCUGGCCAUAUUUAUCCUAGUGAUCUGUUAUCGUGCGCCUUAAGUUAUUGGUUAGUAGUAUGAUGAUAUCAACCAGCCUGGUUCUGGUUCUCUUUAUCCUAGUACCAUUGGGAACUUUUAAUUAGUAUGCUGGUGUACGCUUCAAAUCUUACGAAUGAUCUCAAUGGGAUGUACUUAUACCAUAAUAUAAGAUGUUAUUACAUCUAAUAUGUGAGUACGUUGGAUGUAAUAACAUCUUAUUUGAUGGGGGCGGAGGGAGUAUUUGGAUGUGCAACUUGAUCUUUCA